AUGCAGAGUGGCCGAAUGGUGAUUAUCAGCUCUGAGAUUGCACAAGGAGGAUUUUCAAUUGUAUAUAAGGCUAGAGAUACUGAUACGGGCGAGGCUUUUGCGUUGAAAAAAAUAAUAUGCCAGGCAGAAGAACAAGUGCAGCUGGCGAAGGCGGAGAUCCGAGCGCAUAAGGCUUUCGCGCACCCGAACAUCAUGCCGCUGGCUGAUUACGCUGUUUUAUCCACUGAAGAAGAAGCGUAUGAGUAUUAUUUGCUGUUCCCAUAUAUGGAGAGUGGAACGUUACGCGAUAUGAUAAAUACUGCAAUAAGACAAGACGUGCGAAUCCCUGAAGCUCAUAUUCUGGACAUGUUUCUCCAGAUCUGUCGAGCUGUAGCAGAACUACACUCAAAUGUACCGCCACUUGCACAUCGCGAUAUAAAGCCGGAAAAUAUCAUGCUGUCCGACGAAGGAGAGCCACUCUUAACGGACUUUGGCUCGGUCACAACGGCUGAUGUUAUUGUAUCUGGGCGCUCUGACGCUCUUUUGCUACAAGAGUACGCUGCACAAUAUAGCUCUAUGGCUUAUCGGGCGCCAGAACUUUACGAGGUACCAGCCAAUUCGCACAUUACCAGCGCCACCGACGUGUGGUCACUAGGCUGCUUGCUUUACGCAAUGGCAUUCGGAUUUUCGCCAUUUGAAUGCUCUUUCUACGAUUCGGGUGUCGUGCGCGUCGUGGAGUGCACAUACCUAGCAGUCAUCGGUCCGAUUAAAUUCCCAAAGAACUGUUCGUACUCAUCAAAAUUUUGCGAAAUGAUACGGUGGAUUUUGAACCAAGACGCUACUACGCGACCAACCGUAUUUGAUAUAAUUGAGCGGCUACACAACCUUAAUAAACUCGAUAAUGAAUAG